AUGACCCAAGAACCAGAGAAUGAUGGCUGUGGUACUCAAAUGUGUCUCGAAGACAGCCAUCCAGCUUCCCCACCACCUCUUGGAUUUCCCCAACAACCAGUGUCCUCCAAACCCGAGGGCCUUGAUCCUCCCAACGGCUCAGGAAACCAGCCGAAUCCACAAAGCCCUGAACAUCGAAAUGAUCAAGACGCGAAUGACACAAACUUGCCUGAUCUGCCAAUAACCUCCCUGUUACCCGAGAUCAAACUCUCCCUCAACUUCAUCAAGCAUCUGAAGGAAGCGACUCUUGAUAACUCUGGGCUGAGUGCCAACAAGAUUGAACGUCUUCGGAAUCCUGCACGUAUCUCGGAGGCGGACUUUGAGGCCAAUGUUCAGUUCUCACUGGGGCUAUUUCAAUCCUGUAGAAACACAUCUGAAGACAUGUAUACCAAAACAUGUGCUGUUGUUCAGGAUAACGUCCCUGGUGCCGAAUUAUUGACUUACAAUGCCAUUCGGACGCAGCUGGCGAACCUACUAGGAGUCUAUCCUAUUGAACAUGACAUGUGCUUUAAUAGCUGCAUAGCCUUCACCGGUCCGUUCAAGAAGCUCGCAAACUGUCCUCUUUGUCAUGAAGCUCAAAAGACUCUGUCCGGAAGCCCUCGCAAGACAUUCACGACUAUACCCCUUGGCCCGCAAAUCCAGGCACAGUGGUCCUCAGCCAGCAGUGCUGAAGAUAUGCAAUAUUGA